GACCUCCCGGCCAGCCUCAGUCUCCGGGAUGCUGGGGGCGGCGAUCGUGAUUCUACCCCCAUUUCAUCGUGCUCCGAUAACAUAGUCCAUCUCGCUCGGCCGCUGUCCGUCCGUCCAUCUGUCGCUUCGUUCCCAUUCCUCUCGGAUUAAACCAUCUUCCCUCAUCGCACGCUGCUUCCCAUAAGGUAGACUCCCUUUCGACGUCUACCUCUCUUCCCUUUGUCCGUCUGUCUCUCGUUCUCUCUCCCUUCUCGAUUAUACGCGAUCUACGUCGCGUACUCACAUAUUCCUCUGUCUCUCUCCCCGAUUCUCCCUUCUCUCUUCAUCUCGGCGCUUGCCUAACAAGCCUCUUCCCCUCUCCGUCCCUCUCCGUGCAGCAUCAACUUCCUCUUUCUCUCGCCGACCUUCCGUCCUCCAUCCCUUCUCCGCUUCUCCGCUUCACACCCUUUUCCGCCGAACCCUGGGUGCAGUCACCGCGAGAACCUUCGCCAAGCCAACCACCUCUCCAGCAGGUGAGGUCUUUUCUCGGGACCGCGCGCUCGGUGGCUGCCGACUCGCUAGUCGGUCGCGUCGGUCGGCUGGUCAACGGUUUUUCGAGAUCAAGUGUGACCGUACGAAGCUUCUUAACGACGAGGAGACGUUCCAUAGGAAUUCGUGGAGAAUUUUCAAGGUGUUGCAUAUUAGGUGUUCGCCAAAAUGGCGGCUGUGGCUUAACCGACGUACGAUCGGGGAGUUUCGCGUAUCGGGCAUCGUUAGGGAUUGUUCUCGGUGCGGGAUCAGAAGCAGUCUGACCGAUUCGUUAGGGUCCGUUGCGAGGGCAGAUGCAAUCCGCGAUGGUCGGCGGCGGUGAUUGCAAGGUAGCCACCGUGGAGGUCGAAGCGGCCGCGGCGGACAACACGGCUACAUUACCGGUGACCAGGCCAUUGAAUCCGCAAAACUCGUCGCCGAACGCGCAGGACAACGCCGAGAAGAACAACGCUGCUAACAAAGAGAUGGAGCUGAAGAACGUGCGCUCGACCCCAGCGAAAAAAACGUCGUUAUUCAUCAUCAUGAGCUUCAUUUACGCGAAGCUUCUAGUGGUGGUGUGCAUCGCGUACGUGAUAAGCGAGGUGGUCACGCACAAGCUGCCGCUUUACUAUUACGAGGGAUUCUUCACGUAUCUGUACGGCGUAAGCAUCUUAUUCCUGCUGUACGUGUUCUGCUUCUUGCUCCAAGAAAGUGCUUGUUGCGCGAGAGGAAGCGACUCGCCUCCGCCGCCUCCGAGGCCGCCGAAACCGCCGAAGGAGCCCAAGGAGAAGAACAAGAAGAAGGACAAGAAGGAUAAGGAGCAAAAGGCAGCGAAGAAUAAGAAAGAGUAUCAGGAUGCCGUCGACGUCGAGGCUGGAGUGGCUACCAGGGCUCUGCGAAAGCGCAAGACCUCGCAGAACGAUCAGAGCCACGGAAGCUUCUUCCUCAGAAUCGGAGCGAUCGCUUUUGGAUUGGGCACGAUGGUUUACAAUGGUUUGGAAUUCGGUACCUUCUUCGAAGUACCACCCACGUCACCCUGUUACCAGAUCCUCCAGGGUGUAAAUCCGGUUUUACAAAUGAUCUUCACGUUCAUGCAGAUGUACUUUAUCUUCAUGAAUUCGAGGCUGAACAUCCAUCGCUUCAAAGUAAUCGCCCGUUUCGGUCUGAUGCACGUGGUGGCGACUAAUCUCUGCGUCUGGAUCCGUACUCUCGUGUUAGAGAGUAUCAAGGAGAUCACGAAGCAUCAUCAGAAAAUGGGUCAAUUCGAGGCGGGCAUUCUCGAGAGCAUUAAACAGCACUCGAUGCGAAACGCUGGGGCCAUACUGGGUACAGCACCUCGAGACGUGGCACUCUUGCGCGAGGCGCCGUUGACAGCAACGAGGUCGUCGACCGUCACCACAUCAAUCGCCAGCACGACCAUCGCGUCGUUAGGUCGAGUGAUGCGAACGACAGCCAGGGCGAUCGCUAGGGCCGUCACUACACCGACAACGACGACCACCACCAACGGCUGGAACCCACCUACGUCGACGACGACGUCCACAUCCGCACCCCCACCUAAUUUGACAGAGACUACAGCGAAUACCUUGUCCACUAUUUUGACCACCCUUACGCCGAAAACUAGCACUGAACUAAGAACCUUUCCAACGACUACGACUACGACUACUACGAGCACUACCACCACUACUACUCCAUCGACCACUGCCUUUUCCAUCAUGGAACUGUUCUAUGCACCUCGAGCUGAGAGUAAAAUAGUAGACGAGAACCAGAUACACCAAAUCUUCGACGUGAGCAACCAAACGAAUACGAGCGACUUUUGGAACCCGAACUUGGGUAUCUACGCGGAAGCAUUGACGGACGAGGAAAUCGCGUCGAACUCCUGCGGCCGGGUUAACAUAAUGGGCACCAUCGUGCAAGACGCGGAGCCGUACCUGUUCCCGUUCAUCAUCGAGUACAGUUUGAUCGGUGCAGCUGUGAUUUAUGUGAUGUGGAAGCACAUUGGCCGACAUCCCCGCUGGCCGCACCAGAUGGAAGCUGACCUCGAACGCCGUUUGGAAGCCAUGCUCUCACGAAGAGCCGUUGCCCUGGCUCAUGCAGGUCACACAAGGGUGGACUGUGUAGGAGCGAGCAAGGGACUGUUCUUCGGCCUCCUCCUGCUGGUUGGCUCGCUGAUCUGCCUGAUCCUCUUCUUCGUGCUGAUCCAUCAUCCGGAUUUCGGAUUGAUCGCGAUCUACCUGGCGGACGUGUCCCACUGCGUGCUGAUGGUGUUCUCGAUCGUGGCCAUAAUCGUCGGUUUCAUCCGUGUCCAGAGCUUGAAGUUCAAAGCAGAGGAGCAGAGCGACCUGAACGACAUUCUGCUACGCGUCUCUGGCUUCGGUCUAUUCGUUUACGCGGUGUUCAGCGUGAUAGCCGGCUCGCUGGCCGCGUUCACGCACGAGCCGAACCUCCUCGUAAUGCUGACCGGCCUCCUGUCGGUCGCUCAGGUGAUCCUCCAGAUGCUGUUCAUCGCGGACGUCUCUCGCAGACGAGUCCACCUGCCUGAGCACGACCGCAGCAAGCCCGGUCGGCAGGUGGUCACCUUCCUGUUGAUCUGCAAUCUGACCAUGUGGGCGAUCUACACGUUCGAGUCGCAGAAAGUGAUGGCUAACCCGGUCCAGCUCGAUUUCUACGGGUUCCUCGCCUGGGCGAUCGUGCAGAGGGUCACCUUGCCCCUCUGCAUCUUCCACAGGUUCCACAGCGCGGUCACAUUCGCGGAGAUAUGGAAGACCAGCUACAAGGCGCGUCUCGACUAGACGGCGGAAGUUGACCAGAAGCUCGUCGGGAUCAAUGGCCCGGAGUGAUCGUCGUUUGCGGACAGAGAGGAAACGAAGGAAAAAGAUAGAGAGAGAGAAUUGAGAACGAUCGAGGCCGCCGAUCGCGACGACUUUAAACAUUCCUGGCGAGCCAGUUGGUUGGUCUCGAGGUUUCGGUCGACCUUUUUAUCGUUACGGUUGAAUCGGUCCCACGAUUCAACCGUGUUGGGCGAGGGGAUGGAUAAUGACGACUUGAACGGUAACAACAGGUAAGAAAUAAAGGGUUCGAGGUUUCGACGAUUAAUUGGACAUAUCUUGUGGGCGUUGUUGGAUCGCUGGAAAAAUCAGCUAGCUCGCGGUCUCCUUCUGAAUAUCUUCCAAGGAUGAGUCGAGACGGUAACGAUUCAGAGCCGAACAGGGACGGCUUCCCCGUUGAGGAGCGAACGGGAGAUACGUGCGUACUCGGUUCGAGAAGAGAACACGAGGCUCGGGAGUGAAAGGCUCAAGGUAUCGAUGCCGCAUCCUCGAGACCUCGCGGGGAAACCGCGGGGUCGCCGCCGAGGACCGCGCAAGCGUCGUUUUAUUUUUUUACGCGCAUUAUAUAUUUUGUCCUCGGUUCUCUCGUUAGCUUCAAGCAGCUUGAACGUUGCUUCGUUGGUUGGUAACAAAUGUUCAGAGCACGGUUCGGGAAGAAACAGGUCGAUCGAUGACCGUAGUGAAAAGGAGAAACAAAUUUCGAACGGAUAAUGAAAUUAUUAAUUGUAUUCGCCACGUUAAAGCACAAAAAACCAUAGCAAUGAAAGCGAACGUGUAAGUGCAACGCGAUUCGUCACGACAAAAAAAAAAAUAGGGCCCAUUUCCUUUUACCAGGUUUCACAACCCUUUACGAUCUCUAUAUACUGCCGUGAAGUUUUCUACUUUUAUAUAUUAUAUAUGUACCUUCUUCGCCUACCCCCACCCCCCUCUCCCAUCGUGCAUCGAAAGCAUCUUGGCGAUCGAUUCGCUCUUCGACUCUACGUACUUCGUUCCCAAAGCACUCUUCGAACUUGUUCAGACGACGUUACCUCGGUCGCUGGACCAACGCAUUUACACCGAAACCGAAAACAGAUAAUCCCGAGAUUGUAAACCGGACAUCGAAUCGCGAUCAAACGUUCCAGAGUAAAAGACGAAGAGCGAACGAUCUUAAAACGUCACUUCACAAAAGUCACAUUAGCGGACGACGAGUUCGUCAGCGUGGCCCGCGAUAGUAUUUAAGUGAAUAGCCGCGCGUGAUCUCUUUCUCGCGAGAAAGGAUGGCACACUGUCGACGAUAAGGUUCGAUGCAGGAACAGGGUAAUUUCGUUGCGCCGCGUUCGAGGCUCGAUAACAUUUUUCGAACGAUUGCUUUCGCACCGUACUGUUUCACGCGAGUACUCGCCUGUCGGCGAACAGGGAAUCGAGACACGCCGGAGAUAGAUCAAGGAAGACAGUUGUUCGUUCCCGCUGCGUGCCGCGAAGAGUACAAAAUUUUUUCCCGAAAUCGAAGUUUUAGAAUCCUUUCAUUCGAGUCCACCCUCCGAAGGCUGAAGGGCGUUCCGACGGCGUCGACGUAUUCGAGUCACAGACGAAAGAAGGAAAAGGCUGGGCGAUGAGGGAAGAGAUACAAACGAGUAGAAGAGUGUUCUGUGUGUAUAAAGAGUAAUUUUUUUUAUAUAUUUUCUUUAACGUGAGCACGGACGUCGGAGACGAGCUCGACGAUGUUCGCGAAACGACGGAGAGGGCAUAACGACUAAAACGCGGAUGUAGGAUUUAUCGCGAGGCUGAGAGGCUCGAGAGCGAAGACGCGAUAUUGUAGACGAAAUUGACUACGACACACACGCGACACACAUUGGUAGCUAAUUUCACACACGAGACAUACAGGCCACGAACACACCACCCUCUCACAGAAGGUUAUUAUUAAUUACCAUUGUCGAUUAGCGCUUAAAGACGCGUCUCUCUCGAGAAACGGAGAUAUUGUAUAUUGAUCUUUCGCAUUUAACUUCACUAUGGAUAUCGUACGUUGUAGAUCGUUGAUCAAGCGAAACCAGAAAGAGAAACACGUGUGUUUUGCAUAGCGAUUAACACAUUUAAGAAUCCCUCCACGGAUCCUGCGAAAACCUGGAGACACGAAGGACCCGGCCCCUUGCUUCCCUCCAUGGGAAGCCUCCCCAGUCGAAAUAUUAGCUAUCCGAGUCUAAAUAUUUUAAUUCUUAGACGUAUGUAUAGGACGAUGAAACGAUUACCAAGAGAGAAAGAAUUAAUGAGAGACUGAGAAAGGGAUGAGACGGGCAGCGAGAGGGACGAAGUUGUGAAACUAAUUAUACAUAAUUGUAAUCACCGCAAAACAUUAUUAAAGAAGUAACAUGAUAUAAAUAUGAAAAAAAUUAAGAAAUAUAUUAUAUAUAUAUAGAUAUAUAUAUAUAUAUUAUAUUAUAUGAAUACGAUUAUGGAGAUCUUUUAUUGAUGACUUCGAUGUGCGCGACCGACGAGUGGGAUAUGUUGCGUGCAAAAAUAUAUGUAAAUAACGAUUGCACAGUACAUUAUUGUUCAGCUGAGUGUUGUAAGUGACAAAACGAAAAAGCAAUUACGACGAGUUACGUUUCACGAGGCGCGUUUUCGAUCGCCAGGGGGUGUUUCUGUGAUUCAAACAAGUCUCUAAAACUUCGACAAGCAACGUCGAUCCGAUUACUGGCUAUUGAUCGACGCGCACCCCCUUGCCCUUGAUUUCUAACGCCUCGAUCGAAAAAGAUCGUGUCCACCGUUUUUGGAAUUUGAUAAAUCAAAAGGCGAAGCAAGCAUCCGUUUGGUUCAUCCUCCGCUCGUAUCGGAAACAAGGAAGCGAACACGGAAUGAAGACGCUGUGACAUACAAAUUAAAACGUAGUUAACAAGGCACUGCCACACAGGACCAACAGCGAAGAUAGCGAGGAGACAGAGGCGGAACGGAGGGAAAUAGCGAGCGAGAGGAACGGGAGGGAACCAAAAAUGAUGCCACGGCGAAUUAAUUUUUUUCCGAGCAGAGAGUAGAUUCAAGUUGUACGAAACCAAUACACUUCCAGCAAGUUAUAUCGAGGUACGAAUGCGCGAGUAUAUGGAAUAUUGCGAAUGACUGUGCGGAUUUAAAUGCGCGCGUGCGACAACUUUUUAUUCGGCAAACAACGUCUUUGUAUACUCUGCCCGUGUUCUAGUGAACAAGAGGAUCAUGGUUCUUGUAUAUGUACAUCAGUAUCUCGAUAGUAGCCGUAAGCCUAACCAGUUUGGUCGCGGAUUUGCUGGAAAACCGACGAGGGGGACUCGCGGCGAUAAAUAUGCACGUUCGUUUCGGGCUGAAAAAAUUACGAAGAGACGAUUAGAAUGUCGUGACGAUCGCAUUAGCUGCUCCGAUCACGCGAGCGCAAUUAUUUCCGGUGACGGCGAGGAUUAGAAAGAUGAAAAAAAAAUGCAAAUCGGCCGCGGAUCGAAGGCAAAUCCGCGACGGGCUCGUCAUUUAAACAUUACGUAGUGAGUUUUCGAUGUCUUCGAGCAUAAUUACAGUUUGUACACGUACACAAUACGCGCGCACAACCGACAUUACUCACCACUCUUGUCAAAAGAUAGGUAACAGGACGGAUUCCAGGCAUGUACGAAUAUGUACGGAGGAGGUGACGAUCGGACGACGACGAUGGUUCCACACGGAAGAACGAUGCGAUUUUAGGAUAACGUUUCAAACAACACGUAGGAUAUACAAGGAUUAAAAACAACAAAACAACAAAAAAACAAACUUCUACAAAUUACAUGUUGUCGUGUAUAUGCAGUUCUUUGAAAGUCGAGUAGCGACGAUAAGACCGUACCGUAAGCCAGACACACUCGCAAAGAGAUUCGCUCAUUCAUCGAUUCCCAUUUUUGAUUGUAAUAACGUUAUACACACCGUUUCAUUGUAAUCCGUUGUGACGGUGCCGUCGCGACGCCGCCGGCACCGCCGUCAUUUGUAACGAUAUACGAUUAUAUUGGUUAAUAAAAGUUAUCUAGAUGUAACGAAAA